AUGUCCGUUCAAGGCCUUACCGACAGCGCUCGACUCGAUCCCUACGCCCCCAAAAACGAGCCUCACUCUCGCCAAGUCAUGAUCUCGAUAUUUUUCCCUGUCGACGAAGCCAAGACUCCCUGUGUUGCUUGGGAAAGAGUGCCGUACAUGACGCCGCUGGUGGCUGAGGCCUACGAUGAGCUUGGCACCGCCGUAGGCCUCCCCAACGGCACAUUUUCUGCCUUCAAGAUGGAAUCCUGUCAACCCAGGGUUCUUUCAUGUCGGCGAAGUCGCUCCAAUUUCCCUCUAGUGCUCUUUUCGCCCGGCUCGGGAAAUCCGCGAUUGCUUUAUGGUGCCAUGGCCCGCGAGGUCGCAAGCCAUGGUUUCGCCGUCGUCACCAUCGAUCAUCCUUACGAUUCCUCGUUUGUUGAGUUUCCUGACGGUACCGUCUACGAGGCGAACCCUGUACCCGGGAUCGAUGUUGACCGUACUAUUAUGUUCGGCCAUUCCCUCGGCGGCGCUACGGCGGCAGCCGCGAUGUUGACAGACACCCGCAUUCGAGGAGCCAUUAACUUCGAUGGCAAGCUCCUUAACCCCGUCCUAGAGGCAGGUCUUGAUAGGCCUUUCGCGCUAGUAGGGAGACCUGGACACGUUAACCAAGACCCGACGUGGGACGAAUUCUACACAGGCCUGCGGGGACCAAGCGUGCUGUUGAGCGUUGCUGGAACCACACAUGCGAGUUUCACAGACUUUCCAACUCUAAUCUCGUCGUUGAACCUGACCCUACCUGAAGCAACAAAAUCGCUGUUGGAGACUGAAUUGGGCACUUUGAAGUUUGGAAAGAUAGGAAAUGUGGUUGCUGGGGUUGUUAGCGCUUUUGCAAACCUGUCUUUGGAUAAGCAGGUUGAACCCCUGUUCACCAAAGAAGGAGAUGCGGCUUUCCCCGAGGUUUCCGUACAGGAAUCCAGUUUUUGA